UUCCAAAGACCAGUACUUGUCAGAAACUAUGGGUUUUCGCUUGCCAGUUCUUGUUCAAGCAAAGCAGGCAAUUCGUCGAGCCCUGUCAACUCCAAUGUCCUCGGAUGUCCCCAAAGGAUAUCUUGCAGUAUAUGUUGGAGAGACAGAGAGGAAGCGCUGCAUAGUCCCAAUUGCAUACUUGAAGCAUCCUUUUUUCCAGAGUUUGCUAAGCAAGGCAGAAGAAGAGUUUGGGUUUGAUCACCCAAUGGGUGGUCUUACAAUUCCCUGCACAGAAGAAGAUUUCAUUGAUAUUGCCAGCAGAUUGAAUUACUGAUGAACUACAAGGACAAUACAUAAAAUAGAGUACUAAUCCACUAACUAAAGACACUGAAUUCAACAGUUUUUUUUUCUAAUCCAAUACAUUGUACAUGUACACAAAGAUACACUUGUAUCAUUCAUCUUUUUACAUGAAGUAUACAA